AUGUGUCCGAGUAAAACCAGAGGGCUGUCUACGGCGGCUCCUUUGAAUUCGAAUCGAAGAGUGAGCUUUCAUCAUCAUGUGCACAUGCUAGGAGUAGCAGUGCAUGUGAGUGUACCGCAUAUAGCACUGGCAAACGCGGAUGACAAAGCGCUGUUUUGGUGUGAAUUUGAGCGGGCCUUUGGACUUGACGUGCAGCCGUGGAAGUGUGGAGAAAUGAAUGGGACUGCGGGGAGGUGUUGUGAUGGUUUGAUUGUUUACCGGUACCUCUUGCAGGAAACGGGACGGGGAUGCGACAGCAGCGGGGAGAUAGGCAAGGCAAAGCUGUUGGAUAUUGAUGUCGAUAUUGAUAAGGUGAUGAACGCGGGUUGGCUACCCACCUUGAAGUGGCCAGUUGCAUUCAUUCCUAGAUUGCACCGUACCGCGACCACGACAGCCGCGAUUGCAGGCCCAAAAUCGUUGCAGUAG